AGGUAUGGAAGGUGGUCGUCACACUUUCCAACCCCGUUCGCCAUCCCUCUCCCUGUCCCCGUCCCCGAUGCCUGUCGAAACAUGCAUGGCGGAUGUCCCGCCAUCGACCCCUGCCACGUACGUCCCAGGUUAUCAACCUCCGUCGCGUGCUGGAGGUGGGUCGUUUUACGUACAGCCAUCUCCCGUUAUGCCACACGGUCUGCCGCCCCUGCCAGCGUUCAAGAAUCUGCACACUUCGAUGUACGCUGGGGGAAGAGAGCCUCGAUCUAUGACUGCCCUCCUCGCCGAAGGUGAUAGCCUUGGACCGCAGCGAGGUGGAGAAUCGUAUGGGAGCUGUGGUGGUUAUCAUGGGUGGGGCAUGCCACGUGGAUGUCAGUGGCAACACUCACCGCCAGCCAUGGGACCCGGCGGGGAAGGAGAGGUGCCUGCGGGGGGGCCUGCAUCAUCGACACAUACAUCAUACAUUGCUGGCGCUGCUGGGCACAUGCAGGCGGGUGUAGGUGGAGCCACCCCCAUGCUCUAUUAUUCAAGACCACCUCCUCCAUCACCGGUUGGAGGCACUGCGCAGUCCAUGCCUUCGGAUGCCGCGUUCCGCAGUCAUGACGGGAGGCCGCUUCAUGUCGUCGAUUCCGAAAUAAUGGGAAAUGACCCUUCUGAAUUGGUCCCCGAUCAGGGUGAGGAUAUGGACAAGCAGGACGCUGGAAUGGGCGAGAUGUGGGCAUCACCCACUGCCGACAUAGCUGGUACGCAAAGCACGGGUCAUGUGACUGUCGGCAUCAGCGGUGAUGGCAAAACGGAUGACGGGGUGGGUGGAGAAGUGAGGAAGAAGGGCAGAAGGGCAGGUCGGGGAGGGCGUUGCUGGGACAAGCCCAAAUUCCGAGGUGCGGAUUGGGGUUUAGGGGAGAGCGUCGCACUGCUGAAACUGCUUUUUGAAGAAGACUGUAUGCAGCAAAAGAAAAAAGGCAGGCAACAGAUGAGAAGUAGGAAGGAGAAGUACGAGUGGAUUGCGAAGAAGCUUCUCGAGAAAGGGUAUGGCGAGCGCACCGUGGACGAAUGCGAGAGGAAGUACUAAGGGCUCCUAGACGGCGCAAAGAGGAUC